UGACAGCUCUCUCUCGAUUCAAAGAGUCUCACAUCAUUUCAUCCUUGCUAUAACUAACAACUAAGUGCUUUAAAAAUGUCUAUGUUGUUAUUAAAAAUCUUGCGACAAGCAUUCAAAACAUUCGAUCAAUCCAAUAAAUUGUCUUUCAAUACGAAUUUCGCUAUGCUUAAGCAACUAACGGAGCUAUUAACAUAUUUGGACAUACAGUUUGAGCCACAAGAAUUCGAAACAUUAUUCAAGAAACCUGGACGAGCACCAUGCACGUAUGUGCAUAUUUUGGAAAAUGAUGUUGUAUCCAUGAGUGUAUUUGUGAUGCGUGAAGGUUAUACAAUGCCGCUGCAUGAUCAUCCGUGUAUGCAUGGACUUUUACGCGGUAUUUACGGAAAGCUAAAGGUGCAAAGUUAUACCAAACAACCAUUAAAACCAAAUGAACCGCUGUAUGACCCCAAGGCUUUGGAGGUUUGUGUUAAAGCAAAUGAACCGAAAUUCGUCAGUUCGAGUACAGAAUGCGCAACGCUAACACCCACUGAACGCAAUUAUCAUGAAAUUACCGCCGUUGGUGGCAUGGCAGCAUUUUUCGAUAUACUUAGUCCUCCCUAUGAAGCAGAUAUUCCCAUAUAUGGUAAUCGACGUUGUAACUUUUAUCGUGUCGUUGAACCAAAGCCUAUAUCUACCAUCGGCUGCGACGCCGGCUUAAAUGAAAAGCCAUCAUCAUUGAGCUUACAGCGCAUACCGACACCGCGUAGCUACUAUUGUGAUACUGCUGAAACACCGGAAAAGGUGCUAAGCUACACUUAUCUUUUUACAGAUGAGGAAUACAGUUAAUUGUAAACAUAUAGAUACAUAUUUAAUUAUAGAUGAUAAUGCCAAAUUUUAAUUUAACGUGGAUAUAUGUGUGUGUGUGUAUCUUAAGGAAUCGUUGUAAUCACUUUCAACUUAAAGAUAUUUUCUUACCGUGCUAGAUAUUGUAUGCUUUAAUGGAAUGUAGAGUCUAGACUGUUUAAAAAAAAAAACAUCACAUGUACGGGUGACGUUUUAAUUGUUGAUGUUAAGAAUUAUAAUAAGAAUGACUAUAAAUAAAUUUAUUUGACUUAAAAAUUAAUAAUACAAUACUUCAUGAAUAUAAAACACUUCCGAUUUUUCGCAAUAUAAUGAAUAUGAAUGUUUA